AUGCCCGUCCCGGAGCCGCUGCCGUGGAGCGUCCGCGGCAGCCCCGGGGCCGCCGCCGCCGCCGCCGCGCUGGAGCUGCUGCGGGAGGAGGGCGCCGGUCCCCCCGCGGCGCCGCAGAAGCGUAAGUCCCGCCCGGUGCCGGCGCCGGUGCCGCCGCCGGUGCCGCUGACGGCCGGUCUCUCCGCAGGGGACAUGCACGAUUUCUUCGUGGGACUCAUGGGGAAGCGAGCAGCGGAGCCCGGGCGAGCGACGGGGCGGGGGAGCGGCGGCCCGGCCCCCCGGUGCUCCCCGGGACCCCCCGCGCCCGGCGAGGCCCCGCUGCGGGCGGCUUGAGCCCCGGGAGGAGCCCCCCACGCGCGGAGGGACCCGGACGGGGUUGUGCCCGGUGUCCCGGGGGCGGUGGGACCGACUGAGGGAGCGUCUCGGGCACCGGCGCCCACGGAGCCGUCGCGGGACCCGGCGGAAGCGCGGCCGUCCCGCCCCACGCGCGCGUGUCCGUGCACCCGUGUACACCCGGACGAACCCCGCUAUACACCCACCCGUGUCGGCGCGGGACACGCGCAAACACCGCCUCUGUGUCUUGGCUGCGCCACGGGGACCGGGUCGGGACAGCCCACGGGGAUGGAUCUGCGGGAAAGAGCCGACCGGGACCGGGCUGCGGGGA